AGAAGCCUUUUGUAGGUCUUCACAUACAGACAAAAUUCUCUCUUGGACAAAGAGGGAUGAAUGGCCUGCUGCGGUCAUUCCUGCAGCUAGAGGAACAGUCCUAUGAAUGAAAAGGCAUUUGGAGAGCCACAAGAUUACUUGGACCCCUUUGGAGUUGCAUUACAGGACAGAGAAAGAAUGGAGACACAACCCUUAGCAACUGAGGGAACUGGAGAAGGCCCUUCUGCUGUUCAGCCUGGGCAGCUGUGGGGAGAUCUGGGCAAGAACUGGGCUGAAGAUCCUGGAGGAAGAAACCAUCCGUUCAGAGGUUCGGCCCCAGAACUUCAGGAGCAUCCAAUACCAGGAGGCUGAGGGUCCCCGAGGACUUUCCAGCCGUCUCCACUACUUUUGUCAAUGGUUGAGACCUGAAAAGCGCACAAAAGCACAGAUGCUGGACCUGGUUGUUCUGGAGCACCUCCUGGCCCUUCUGCCCUUGCAGAUGCAGAGCUGGGUGUGGGAGUGUGGAGCAGAGACCAGCUCCCCGGCAGUGGCCCUGGCGGAAGGCUUCCUCCUGAGCCAGGCAGAGGAGCAGAAGAAGCAGGUCAAGUUGCAUUCCUUCGCUAUGGGCAUCAGAGAUCCUGAGGGAAGGAGGAAUCCAUCCAGUCCCCCUCAGGAGCCGUUUUUCAGAAGGAUCUCACAGGAAGAUCAAAGUCAGGAAACCUCAGGAGGAAAGACUCAAACGAAGUUGUCUGCUCUUUCUGGUGCAGCUGAAACAGUGGUUGAACCUCCAGCUGAAGUAAGAGGAGGAAAUUUAUCUAUUGAAUUU